GCACAACUUUCGCUUUUCCCCCACCGAUUCAUUUUCUCCAUCUUCAUCUUUUUUGGCUGCCCAUGCAUCAUGCUUCUCUACUCGCGGGCACUUUUGCCUUGCAAGAAUAUUCUUGACCCCGCCUAAUUACAAUUAGUUUUUCGCUGCCACCCUCCGCCUUCGGCCAACUCUUCAUCUCUCUGGAAACUCCAGGAUCCGACUCACUGUAACCCUUGGCCUCCCCACCACGGAGCAAGUUUACAUGGCAAUAUGCUUUUUGGCCUGCACAGCCAUCGACCGGAGACCAGAGACGACAUCUAGAUUAUGUAAAACAACAGUAUAUGCACAGCAAAAAAGCGAAUAAUACAACAAAAGUACCCUGCAGCCGUGGAAAUGCCGCAAACAAAGGUACCGCCAAGGGCAUAGCCACUUGUGCUCAAGUUCAUAGUGGGCUGUAUGGACGAUCUCGGAAAUCUCCCCAAGUCAUGCCACUUGCAGGUGGCCCCAAUACAACCUGGACAGGCCGCCCGCGCUAGCAAAACCUUGUUGGAUUAGAUGAACGACCAGCGGAUUCAAAUUGAGCCCGUCGCCCAACUCCUCGUCUCCCCUGAGGCACAGCUUUUGUACACGUUCUGUCGCCCAAAGAAAAAAAACAAUCACAGAAUUGAGCAUGCUAUCCUCUCAUCUCUGGUGCCUGAUUGGCGCCCUUCUUCUGUCUGUUGUUACUGCGGCAGCAGUAACAAAGAAUGUUCCUCUCCUUCUCGAUGCCACACUCGAUGAGCUCCGUGCCGGCCUCGACAAGGGCGCAUUCACCAGCGCCGAACUUGUCACGGCAUACCUCGGCCGCAUCCACGAUGUCAACUCGGAGCUCCAUGCCGUCAUCAUGACCAACCCGGAUGUCAUGGCCAUUGCCAACGAGAAGGACGCCGAGCGCCGCUCUUGCAAGGGCAAGGGUCUUGGGCCGCUACACGGCAUCCCCAUCCUCCUCAAGGACAACAUGGGCACCGCCGACAAGAUGCCCAACACGGCCGGAUCCUUUGCGCUCAUCAAUGCCACGCUCGCGACUGACAGCACCGUGGCGGCCAAGCUGCGAAAGGCCGGCGCCAUCCUCCUCGGCAAGACCAACCUGUCGCAAUGGGCCAACUUUCGCCACAACAACAACACCGGCACGUCUGGAUGGUCUGCCGUCGGCGGCCAGACCGUUGGCGCCUACUUUGACCGUCAGGAUCCCUCCGGAUCGUCCUCUGGUAGCGGCGUCGCCGUGUCCAUCGGCCUAGCCUGGGCCGCGCUUGGCUCUGAGACGGCUGGCUCCAUCAUCGCGCCAGCCAACUUCAACAACAUUGUUGGCAUCAAGCCCAGUCUCGGCCUGACGUCUCGCCACCUUGUCAUCCCCAUUUCGGAGCACCAAGACACCGUUGGGCCCAUGGCUCGCACCGUCAAGGACGCCGCCGUACUGCUCACGGCCAUUGCCGGCGUCGAUAGCCAUGACAACUACACCAGCGCCAUCCCCUUCAAGUCGAUCCCCAACUAUAUUGAAGCCUGUAACAGCACGCGCCUUGACGGUGUCCGCAUUGGCGUUGUCGCGGCCGGGGACAGAUAUAAUCUUGCUGAUGAUCAAGGCGCGAUCCCGGCCGCCAUCAAAACCCUCCAGUCGCUUGGUGCUACGAUUGUCGAGAAUGUAGCCUUGCCCGGCGUCAACAUGCACACAGCAAACUACAACAUCCUUGGUACCGACUUCUACACCGACCUGCCCAAGUACCUGGCGCAGCUCAAGACCAACCCCAACAACAUCCACACCCUAGAGGACCUGCUCAACUUUACACGGACCGACCCGCGCGAGAACUACCCCUUCUACAACACGGGCUCCUGGAACGGGCCGGUGCAACACAAGCUGCAAAACUCAGAUGCGGCUUUCUGGGCGGCAUACCAGCAGAAUGUGGAGCUCACAACGACUCAUGGAAUCGACGCCGCCGUCAAGGAGCAUAACCUUGAUGCCAUCCUUGACUUGCCCUUAAUGUUGUCGAGUUUCGCUGCCCCUGCUGGUCAUCCCGUCAUCUCCAUUCCGGCUGGGCGUCUGCCGGACAGCACGCCCGUGGAAACGGAGAGCGCGUACAACGUGACGAUGUCGGCCCCGAACCAGCCCUACGGCAUCGGCUUUACCGGCGUCAGGUUCAGCGAGUACAAGCUGAUUCGCAUUGCCUACGCUCUUGAGCAGGCAACCAUGUUCCGCACGAAGGUGCACCCCAGGACGCAGCCCAAGACGGAAAUCAAGCCCAGCAAGAGACAGUAGAAGAACGAAAAUGGUUGUCCGGCGGCUGAGUAUAUACUAAAUGGCCGCCAUGUAAACUGCAUAAAACAAUUGUAUUAUAUUUCCCCAGACCUAUUUCAUUUUAUUUUAUACGUAUUUUCUGUGUACAUGUAUGCGUGAUUGUGU